AAGCAUCGCAUUUCCUGGUCUAAGGAGAGCAGACUGCAGCUGGAGCUAUGCUUCCCAUCUCUUGGCUAUUUUCUUGCUUCUUUGAAACACAGAUCCUUGCAUACUUAUUGCUCUUUGGACUGGCAGCUAUUGCCAUCCAUACAUGGAUGAGAAACAAACAUGUUGUGUUGGAUCCACAGGGAAGAGCGGUGCUCAUAACAGGCUGCGAUUCAGGCUUUGGAAACCAGCUGGCACACCGUCUACUUGAUAUGGGCUUCACAGUCUUUGCUACCUGCCUGUUUCCAGAUGGAGAAGGAGCUCAAUCCCUGAUAACUCAUGCAUCCCCCGGGCAGGUGAAAGUCAUCAGGCUGGAUGUAACCAGUGAUAAGGAGGUGGAACAGGUGAAACAGUACGUGCUAGAUAACCUCCCUGAUAAAGGGCUUUGGGGACUUGUGAACAAUGCUGGUAUAUCCAUGUGGGGAAUGGUGGAAUGGCUAACAAUAGAGAAAUACCAGAAAGUCCUUGAUGUCAACCUGCUGGGAAGCAUAAGGACCACCCUGGCUUUUGCUCCACUCGUCAGAAAAAGCAAAGGGCGUAUGGUGUUUUUAUCGAGCAUGAAUGCAUACGCAACUGCCUUGAAUGCAAUUUAUUCAAUGACUAAAGCUGGGCUGGAGAAGUUCUGCGAUUGCCUCCGUCUAGAAAUGAAUCAGUUUGGAGUGAAGGUAUGUAUUAUUGAGCCUGGCAAUUAUGCUCCAGCCACAAAUAUCCAACCGCAUGAUAAUGCAGAAAAACUCUGGGAUUCUCUUCCUGCAGAAGCAAAGAAGAUCAACAGUAAGGAGUCCAUUGAAGAUGCAACAAAACUUCUAAAUGAGAAACUUGAUGGUGGCAGCAAAAACAGCUAUGAAGUUGUGGACGCCAUUGUAGAUGCUCUCACAUCACCUACUCCAAAAGCUCGUUAUCUCGUUGCCAAUUUUGCAGAGAAAGUUUUUGUUUAUUUAUAUUUAUGGCUUCCAACACUUCUUUUUGAUCAAAUUAUAUAUUUGUCGAUAAAAACACUUAGGAACAGGUCACAUAAUGAUUAAUGUCUUGAGAUGUCCAUGUCAGGAAUAGUGAACCUUUUCAUGGGUUGGCCUAAAGUUCAAGGGUUUCUGUCAUCAGAAAAAUGGUUAUGCAGCUGGCUGACAAUAGCGAUGUGCUAAUGUCAGCAGAACAUAACUGUAUGACUUAUAUCUUCCUGCCUGCCACCGUUCGCGCUAAAUAGUGACUUUUAUA